AGCAACCACACACUUGUCGUCACACACCGGAAAACAAUGGCAAACACCCCAAACAGUGGUGGAGUCUGUUUAACUACGGAAGACUGUGCCAUUUGUUUGGACAAAAUUCAGGCGAAGAAAACAUUAAAGUGCUCUCACUCUUUCUGCUCUGCGUGUAUCGACACGGUUUUCAAGUUGAAGCCGGCUUGUCCGAUAUGCAACACCUACCACGGAGAGUACAGAGGGACGCAGCCGGAGGGCACGAUGACGGUGAUGCGCAGCUGGCAGAGUCUGCCCGGCUUUCAGCACUGCGGAUCUAUUGUCAUACAGUACAGUUUCCCAGCUGGGAUUCAAGGGCCUGAACACCCAAACCCUGGGGUGAGAUACAGCAGUACCUCUCGGACUGCCUUCCUGCCAGCCACCGAGGAGGGAGAAAAGGUCCUGAAGCUGCUAAGGAAAGCCUUUGACAGGAGACUCACCUUCACCGUAGGACGAUCCGUCACCACAGGCCUGAACAACGUCAUCACCUGGAACGACAUUCACCACAAGACCAGUAUGAGCGGGGGUCCACAAUGUUUUGGAUAUCCAGAUCCAGACUAUUUGUUCAGGGUUCAAGAGGAGCUUCGUCUUAAAGGAGUGACACAGGAUGACUGAUGGGUGAAGACAAUCAGAGGACAUCUUCACAUACAUUCAAUUCUUUGUAGUGUUACAAAGUCUCUGAUUUCAAGUCUGCACUGUUUGCAGUCCUCAAGCAGGGAUCGCCAUCACUGAGGCUUUAAGGUGUUUCAUUCUAUGAAGUGGAUACAUGGAGCUAUUAUUUUGACAUGUGCAGGUUAGUGGCUUUUUUUUUGUUCAACUAUCAACUGACUAUGCAAAAAAUCAUUCUCUGAACACAACUUGCACAGUAUGUUAUCGAGAAAAACACUGAGUACAAUACAGAGAGUUAGUAUAAGGGGUUAGCCAGUAACACUGAUCAUCAGAUUUCAGCAUGUCAAUAUCUUUUAACACUGGUUUACAGGUCUGAAGCCUUGAAGCAGACAUAAGAGACAUACCAGAAGGGAAAAGCACUUUUCAUUGGAGAAAUGGAUAAGUAGAGUUUCUCAUGGAAAUCAGGGAUAAUAAUGUAAAUGGAAUUGUCAUGAUAAUGUAUUGUGUUUUAAGGAUAAUGUGAUAAUCUACAUUUCUCUUAAUGUCAACAAAUCCCAUGUUAAGACCAAAACUGACAGUGAACUGAUCCUACUAGCAACUAUUGCCUGAGUGGCCAAAGCCUAUGUAUGAUGUAGCAUAUUCUUCUGUGCCUCAGACCUUUGUUGUUGUCGUAAACCUAAUAAAAACACGGGUUACUUGUUCCUUUAUUAUAAUGAA